ACCCCGGGAUGAACCACAAGAGCAAGAAGCGCAUCAAGGAGGCCAAGCGGAGUGCCCGGCCCGAGCUAAAGGACUCGCAGGACUGGAGCCGGCAUAAUUACAUUGAGGUGUACCGGCUGAGCCCCAGCAGUGUGCCGGAUAAUGUAGAGCGUGCUGAUGCUACCCAGAUCAGCCUUGAAGAAUUUAUUGAACGCUAUGAGAAACCUUACAAGCCAGUAGUCAUUGUCAAUGCUCAGCUCGGUUGGCCAGCUCAAGAGAAAUGGACCAUAGAAAGGCUGAAACGAAAGUAUCGCAACCAGAAGUUCAAGUGUGGGGAGGAUAACGAUGGUUAUUCUGUGAAGAUGAAGAUGAAAUAUUACAUAGAUUACAUGGAGAGUACACAGGAUGACAGCCCGCUGUACAUCUUUGACAGCAGUUAUGGAGAACACCCCAAGAGGAAGAAACUACUGGAUGACUAUGAAGUGCCAAAGUAUUUUACGGAUGACCUCUUCCAGUUCGCGGGCGAGAAGCGCAGACCGCCAUACAGGUGGUUUGUGAUGGGUCCUCCUCGCUCUGGAACAGGAAUUCACAUUGAUCCUCUGGGAACUAGUGCCUGGAAUGCCCUGGUCCAUGGCCACAAGCGUUGGUGCCUCUUUCCCACCAAUACCCCACGUGAACUGAUCAAAGUGACACGGGAUGAUGGUGGCAACCAGCAAGAUGAGGCCAUCACUUGGUUUAAUGUCAUCUACCCACGCACAUUGCUUCCUACAUGGCCUGCUGAGUUCAAACCCCUUGAGAUCCUACAGAAGCCCGGGGAGACUGUAUUUGUGCCAGGUGGUUGGUGGCAUGUUGUACUGAACCUGGACACCGCUAUCGCUAUUACCCAAAACUUUGCCAGCUGCACCAAUUUCCCUGUUGUGUGGCACAAGACAGUGAGAGGGCGGCCUAAACUUUCAAGAAAAUGGUACAGAAUCUUGAAGCAAGAACGUCCUGAGCUGGCAGCUCUGGCAGAUACGGUGGAUUUGCAGGAAUCGACAGGGAUUGCUUCUGACUCUUCAAGUGAUUCCUCGAGUUCCUCUUCCUCAAGUUCUUCUGAAUCCGGUUCGGAGGAUGACUCGAGCUCUGGAGCAGAGACUAUGGCUCACAGAAAAAAGAAGAGAAGAACAUGUGGGAUGGGCAACGGAGACAGCACCACGCAGGACGACUGUGUGAGCAAAGAACGCAGCUCGUCCAGGUGAUAUAGACAGCAUGGUUUCAUAAACACUGGAGCCGAGACAGCUCCUGAUCUCACAGGGAAGCGUUCUCAAAUGGGACUUUGCUGCUGCUGGAGUCGUGCAGAGAAAUUUACUGUGCCACCAUUUUUUAUGAAUCAUGGAGACCUCAAAUCCACCAAUUCUUUGUUUUAGCCAUUGUUUUUCAUGCCGUAAUUAGGAGAUUGAGAGGCUGAUGAGUUAGAUAGUUGUGAUCAAUUGUACACUGAUAAUGCUGCAGUUUUAAACCUUGGACAUCAACCACAUCUGCCUAAAGAAAAUACAGUGCAUGACGGUAUGUGUGGCCUUCCCAGAGUGGAAAUGAAGAUCGUUUAUAUUAUGAAUAAAACUACCG